GACACGUUCCGCUUUAAUAUGAACAAUAGUUGACUUAUUAACGGGGGAAGGCUCUGCAGCCUCAACGUUUCCUCGCACGAGGAUCAGCGGCGCUCAUUAUCAUAUCCGCGGAGCUCUCCUCCCAGUCGGAGAUCUCCGCCCCAGUCGUCUUGGACUUACAGCUCGGAGCCCGGAUGCGCCGCCAUGCCGCCUCUAUCCGCGAGUGGAACCGUGUCUCCGCCAACCGGCCUGACGCUGGGCGCCUAAACGAGCGAGUUUCAGCCGGAAGAAAAGUCUCGACGAGCCCCGCUGGAGGAAGACCGAGGAGCCGUUAGACCGCUGGACGGGACCCGCGUCGGGUCAUAUCGCUCGCGCGCUCGCUCGCCCGCCGACCGUUGUGUUGAUAGCGCCUACUCGAGUGCUAAGCUAACGUUAGCUGCGAGCUCGAGCGCGAGAGAGAGAGAGAGAGUGCGCACGCGCGGUAGUGACAGUCCAGCCGGAGGCGGGGAGAGCCGAGAGAUCCAGAAAAAGAAAAAUAAUCCAUUCCAUGUCUGCAUCGGCCCUGACGACCAGUGGAGAUGUCUGUUGACGAGGACACUGUAAAAACCGGCAGUCCGCACGCCAGCGCCGCUUCAUCCCUGCAGCUCUCGGAUUGCGCCGGAGGUUACGGCGACAUAUCCGCGAUGGUGGAGGGCACGGCGGCCACCCCCGCUCUCGCGGCCGCUUGUCCGGCGUCGGGCGCCGAAGCCUCGCCGAAACGCUCCGGCGGCGCGACCGACGCGCUCGGCGGCUCGGACGGCGCCGCCACCGCCGCGAGGGGAGCCGCCGCCGCCGCGGGGAACGAGAAUAACGUCAAUCGCAGGAACAGCUUUCACCAUUCCAAACAACCGCAGCAGACGAAGCUGGCGAAGCGCCGCAACACGACGAACCCGAGCUUCAAGCACCUGACGUCCGGCAAGAGGAGGCGGAGGGCCAACUCCGAGAGCGACUCCGUGCUGCCCACCAACUUCCUCCUGGGCGGGAACAUUUUCGACCCGCUGAACCUCAACAGCCUGCUGGACGAGGAGGUCAACAGGGCGCUCAACGCCGAGACGCCCAAGUCCUCGCCGCUGCCGGCGAAGAGUCGAGACCCCGUGGAGAUCCUCAUCCCCAGAGACAUCACGGAUCCGCUGAACCUGAACAGCGGGAUCGCCGACGGCAGCUUCAUGGUGUCGCCCUUCAAGAGCGGCGGCAGGAGGAGACACCGCAACAGACACCACGGAGGAGGCGGAGGAGGAGGCGGCGGAGGAGGCGGCGGAGGAGGAGGAGGAGGCGGCGGAGGAGGAGGGAGUGGCGGCGGUGGAAGUGGGAUUUCAACCGCACAGGUAAACCUCUCAGAAUCAGGAAAAGGUGAGGUGAAAGCGAGCACCUCCACGCCACUUCCAGGUCUUUUAUCCUCGUGCUCUGCACUCGAUGUCUCCAAAGAGUCCGGCGGCGUCUCCGGCGUCGCGGAGGAUUCCCGCGAGCGCCCGGCCGACUGCAAGGAGGAGACGGCGUCCGCGUCUCUCGAGGAGUCCGCUUCCUCCGCGUCGGGGGCGGCGGCCAACCAGCACGCGGGCCGACGCAGGCGAAGGCGCAACUCUGGUAAAACGGAGACGCCCGCGAGCCACUCCACGCCCGUCGGGAAGACGCCGGGAUGCGGAUUCUCUCAGCCCUUCCGCACGCCGAGGAGCGGUCAGAAGAGCGUCCCGGGAGGUCGCCAGCAGCCCCUCAACAAGGCGAAGGAGCAGCAGAAGAAGAAGUUUCAGUACGGCAACUACAACAAGUAUUACGGCUACCGCAACCCGGGCGCCAGCGAGGACGCGCGGGUCCGCCUGCUUCGCCCGGAGUGGUUCGAGGGGAAAGACGUCCUGGAUCUGGGGUGCAACUCGGGCCACCUGACGCUCUACAUCGCCAAGACGCUCCGACCGGCCCGCAUCCUGGGCCUGGACAUCGACGGCGGGCUGGUCCACGCGGCCCGGAAGAACAUCCGGCACUACCUGUCCGAGGUGCAGACCCAGAAGGCCCGGCACCUGCAGCGGGAGAAGAAGAGCGGCGGGCGGGGCGAGGGGAACGGCGGCGAGGAAAACGGGAAAACGGCGGAGAGAGGAGGAGGAGGAGGAAGCGGUUCUGCAGAGGCCGGAAAUGACAACGGCGGCGAGGCGGAGGAAGCGGAGCGGGCGGACGGCGAGGAGACUCACGCCGGGAGCUGCUCCUUCCCCGUGUCCCUGCGGAUCUCCAGGGGCCCCAUCGCCGCGCCGCCGCUGACGGAGGCGUCCACGCCGCGGCCCGGAGAGUUCCCCUCUAACGUGUCCUUCGUCAAGGCCAAUUACGUCCUGGAGAACGAUAAUCUUCUGGUGACCCAGCGGCCGGAGUAUGACGUCAUCAUGUGCCUGAGCGUCACCAAGUGGGUCCACCUGAACUGGGGCGACUGCGGCCUCAAGCGGCUCUUCAAGAGGGUCUACAGCCACCUCCGCCCCGGGGGCAUCUUCAUCCUGGAGCCGCAGCCCUGGGACUCCUACGUGAGGAGGAAGAAGCUCACGGAUGAAAUCGGAAAGAAUUUUCACGACAUCCGCCUCAAACCAGACCAGUUUUCAUGGUACCUCACCACGGAGGUGGGCUUCACCAGCGCCGAGUUCCUCGGGGCCCCCAAGUGUUCAAUUCGAGGUUUUCAGAGGCCAAUCUACUUGUUUCACAAAUGACGGCUCCUGCCUUGAAGAUCACGGAAUGUGAGUAGCCCACGGCGCCACACACAUGCAUACGAGCCAGCCCCCCCCCCCCCCACCGGACUGCAACGAGUCAUCCGGACUCCUCCGCCGUUGCUCCUCCAGCUUUUCAGACGCUGAGGAUGACAUUUCGAGAGAAAAAAAAGGAGAAUGGGACCAAAAAAGUGGAGUUUAAUUUUUCUAAACGACGAAGAGGCGCCUGUUUAAAAACCUCUCAAACCGUACGGACUGAACUGGGGCGAGACUCCGCCCGGUCGAACCCGGAGCCGGACGACCGGAAGACGUGCCCAUCCCAUCAUUUCCUCGGACUAGCCGCUUGCUAACGGCGCUUCUUUUUUUUCUUCUGCCGCGUGCGUUUGCACACACAAAAAUCGCGAUAUAUCUUUUUACUUUAAUAACUUUGUUCCGUGCCACCGCCACAUCACAAUAUACGUUAUAUCCACAUGAGGGUCGGGGGGGCGAUGGGGCGGACGUUUUUUCCCCCCCAACUGUCCAGCGUCACCGCUUCCUCCGGCGGUGACGGUGUUUUUGCUCCGUUAGCUCCACGCGGUCAAACCGCGCGGCGCCCUCCAACAACCGGAGCCACGCUAGAGCGUGCGUCGCGUGGCUCUCGCCAUCCCAACGACAGUAGACGCCGUGUACGCGAGCUCUCCGUGGUUAAAUAUCUGCAUCAUGUCUGAAGCCUUGAAUCCCGUUGUAUGGAUUCACAGUUUGGGGAAUUUUUUAACGGUCAAACAAAUUCCACCGGGCACAAAGAUUCGGCCCGUUGCUCGUCGCCGAUGUGUUCGUCUCAUCUUCCGACCCUGAUGUACGUUUUGUUUUUGCCGUUAUUUUUUUUUUGUUGCAAAAUAGGCCUCUGAGCUGAAUUCCCUUAAAGCCGUCUCCGUUGUAAAGUCCACAUUCUGAUGAAAAACGUCCUAAAUCGCACAAACCCGAGACGCUGCUCGGCGGCUCAACGCGAGCGCUGAAGACGGGGAGAACGCUGCGCUCCAAACAGCCCGAAACGUCUCGUGACAAAGCGCACGGAUACCAAACGCGUUAUCAAAGUUAUCAAAUAUUACAAUCUGUUGUUAUCGCCUCGUACAGCUGCAACGAAAUAAUGACGUUUUAGCAGGAAGAUAUACUUUUAGUUGUGCCUCUAAAAAGCUGACAUCGGCUAAAUAAAAGUUCAAAAUCACAGCGAUGCGUUAUUCCAUGAUGUCGUUUUUUCGGCUGUUUUGAGUGUAAACUUGAGUUUUCGAAAGCAGCAAAUCACUCCCGGGUCCUCGAGGCUCGAGGUAAAUCGGCCCAACGUCUCUUUUGCAAAAGUGAAUCUGUCGCAUGCAGUGAUUUACGUAGUUCUUUUAAUAACAGUAAAGCCAUAGCCCGACCUUCACAUGUCAUUCACAACGUCAACAACAACCCGAGAGCGUAAUUAAAUGUAAAAUAUAAGAUGGGAGAACUGCGACGGGGUCACGAGGUCGUCCCUCGUGGACCAACAUCCAAACGGCAUCGGAAUCACUUUCUAACGUUUUUUUUUUUUUUUGUAUAUCCAUACGAUCUUUAUCAAAAUGUAAAAAUAUCAACACGCUGUUUGUCGUGAAGCGUCGCCAAAAUAUUUUCUGGGUCUUCUGCUUCUUGGAUCCGACCAAACAUCCUCCUUUUUAUUGAGAGCGGCUCCAUCGCAGCGUUUCGGAGAUGUUUCUAUUUUAGUAAGUGAUCGAUGUAAAUAUGUUGGCAAAGAUUUGUUUUAAUGUCGUCGAUAUUAACUUCAUAACUGCUUUUUGUUCUUUUCCAGUGGAUGUUGUUGUUUGUUUUUCUUCUUCUUUUUUUUUUUAAUGUUCGCUGCCAAUUUGUGAGUUAGUGAGUUUUUGUAGUAGACGGCCCGCCGACCCGAGCUCGGUCACCACGCGCGGGAAAUGUACAUUGCAAAGUUCUGCCGUGUUUUGCUUCGUUCUGUCCUGGCAGGCACACGGAUUGUUAGAUUGGCUCUUUAUUUUUUUAUAAACAGUUUGAAAGGAG